AGAGGAAUCAAUAUUAAUAUUAAAAGACUAGUUCUGAAUCACAGAAUACAUCAAAUUGGCCUCUAAGCUCCUAGCACUGUAAGUCAAAACCGGAUGUGCGCCACCGUCCGCCAAGAUAAGGACUGCCCGAAUAGUGCACUGAGUAAGAUUCCGUAGAUCACAUGACAGUCAGCUGACUCUAACAGGAAGUAACGAGGAAGUGGUUCAAAACAACACACAUUACACAACAAAACGCUUUUUCUUUCCACUUAGCCAUGGAGUGGACUCUCGAGCAGCACUUGGAUGAUACGAUGAAAAAUCCCUCUGUGGUCGGAGUUCUCUGUACAGACCAACAAGGCCACAAUCUCGGCUGCCGUGGUUCGCUGUCGGAUGAGCACGGGGGAGUAGUGUCAGUUUUAGCCAAACAGGCUUCAGCUUUGACUCGAGAUCCCACGGACACCCCUACAGUGUGCUUGGAGUCUGAGUCCGGAAACAUCCUGAUUAGGAGUCAUGGGACCAUCACAGUGGCAGUACAUAAGAUUGCUUCAUGAAAAAUCUAUUAAAAUGUCAUAAAAAGAUCAGCAAAUGCAGUUGUGUGUGUGUGUGUGGUGUGCUCUGUAAAGUGUAAAUAAUACAGAUUCAUGGUUUAUUCCUUUAUAACACCUGAAAUGUGUUUUAUUUUUUAUGUUGUUUCAAGUGGUUCUUUAUCUGAGUGUGUUGAAUAAAAUCUGAAAUUAGAUUA